CACUCUUUAGCGUUCAGAAUCCAAAACUUAACUGCCUAUACACAACAUACGUAUUAAAUUAAAAUAAAUAACAAUAAAAGUCAUACCCAUGUCCCAAUAUUCAAUAAAGAUAUCUAUACACAACAAAGUCAACAGACAUAUAUAAUAUAUAUACAUAGAUCUAAAUAACGAUUGUUUCGGAGCUAAUAUCUAAAGUCUAUAACGGUACCAGUAUUUAUAAGAAAAUAACUAUCUGACAUGGACCCAGAGAAAGCGAAAAUUCUCUUUGAACAAGGAGCAAUAUUUCUUCUCAUCGAUUUUCCUGAAGGGUCAGAGUUUGGAAUAGAUUACCAUUCCUGGCACGCAGGUCCCAAAUUCAAUGGUAUUAAAAUGAUACCACCAGGAAUUCAUUAUUUAUAUUACAGUUCAACAAGCAAAGAAAAUGUCUCAGGACCAAGAUCUGGAUUUUUUUACCAUUUUGAAGCCCAGCAGAUUGUUGUAACUAAGUGGGACAAAACCUUAGAAGAAAUCCACUUUGAGAGCAUAUCCCAUGAUGAGUUGCAAAGGUAUCAUUGUAAUAAAGAGAACAUGGAUAGCUUUCUUGGGCCAUAUCCAUAUGAAAAGUACAAACAGUGGGUUUCUUUGUCCAGCCAUAUAACUAAAGAUUUAGUAGAUAUUUUGAAGCCAGAUGUGGGAAUAAUUUACUCUUUAGAUCAGUUUGAAUCAGAAGCUAGCACAACACAGUCUAGACAAGAGGAGGCAAUUAAAAACACUGAGCAAAGUAUGGAAGUUGAUGCUUGUAAAAAACACAAACUACCUAAACUGAAGAGCUUACAGGGCACAAACAUCAAAUAUAGUACCAUCCCCAAGAAGAAAUACCCUGAUGGUGCCACACCUGGCCUCAUUUCAAAAUAUAGCAUGGACUCUUCCUAUGUUCUGGAGCUUGUUCUCACAGAGCGUUUUAAGGGCAGCAUCGAACACCUUCUGGGAGAGAUUCAGUUUGCUUUUGUGUGCUUUUUAAUUGGACAGAAUUAUGACUCUUUUGAACAGUGGAAAAAACUGGUGCACUUGCUCUGCACAAGUAGUGAUGCUAUUCUAAAAUAUCCAAAAGCUUAUAUGGAUUUCAUAACAAUAUUACAUUUUCAAAUUCGGGAGAUACCUUCAGAUUUUUUUGUCAAUAUAGUAACUAGUCGAAACUUUUUAACUGACACAUUACAUGAGCUGUUCCAAAAUUUUCUGACUGACAAUGUAGAUCCAGAGUUAAAAAAAAAGGGUCUGAAUUUUCAAAAGCACCUCACUAAAAAGUUUAACUGGGACUUUUCCAUAGAGCCAGAUGAAUAUGCACCAGUUGUUGUUGACUUGCAGAUGUAAACAUUUCAGAAAAAAAAAAAUAAAGCACUUGUUUUUUUUUUUUUCAAGUA